AUGGCUGCCAGCUGCCUUAUUGGAUUUUAUACUUUGAUGAUUUGUAUCAAUACAAUCAAAAGUCUACACAACCUGAUACCAGUCAAAAGUCUACUCAAAACUGGACCUGAUACCAGUCAAAAGUCUACACAACCUGAUACCAGUCAAAAGUCUACACAACCUGAUACCAGUCAAAAGUCCACACAACCUGAUACCAGUCAAAAGUCUACACAACCUGAGACCAGUCAAAAGUCUACACAACCUGAUACCAGUCAAAAGUCUACACAACCUGAUACCAGACAAAAGUCCACACAACCUGAUACCAGACAAAAGUCUUCACAACCUGAUACCAGUCAAAAGUCUACACAACGUGAUACCAGUCAAAAGUCCACACAACCUGAGACCAGUCAAAAGUCUACACAACCUGAGACCAGUCAAAAUCAAAAGUCUAUACAACCUGAUACCAGUCAAAAGUCCACACAACCUGAUACCAGACAAAAGUCUACACAACCUGAUACCAGACAAAAGUCUACACAACGUGAUACCAGUCAAAAGUCCACACAACCUGAUACCAGUCAAAAGUCCACACAACCUGAUACCAGUCAAAAGUCCACACAACCUGAUACCAGUCAAAAGUCUACACAACCUGAUACCAGUCAAAAGUCCACACAACCUGAUACCAGACAAAAGUCUACACAACCUGAUACCAGUCAAAAGUCUACACAACCUGAUACCAGUCAAAAGUCCACACAACCUGAUACCAGUCAAAAGUCUUCACAACCUGAUACCAGUCAAAAGUCUACACAACGUGAUACCAGUCAAAAGUCUUCACAACCUGAUACCAGUCAAAAGUCCACACAACCUGAUACCAGUCAAAAGUCUUCACAACCUGAUACCAGUCAAAAGUCCACACAACCUGAUACCAGUCAAAAGUCCACACAACCUGAUACCAGUCAAAAGUCUACACAACCUGAUACCAGUCAAAAGUCUACACAACCUGAUACCAGUCAAAAGUCUACACAACAUAAUGGUGCUGAUACCAGUCAAAAGUCUAUACAACGUAAUGGUGCCUGA